GCUCCGGGUUGGUGUGCAGCGGCGCCGCGCGAGAAGGGAAAAGUGACACGGACUCUGUAGAACUCCUUUCCGCCCAGAGCGCUUUGUAAAAUGAAUGAAAAUAAACCUAGUGACUCACAGGACCUUGCUUGUGUUUUUUGUCGAAAAAGUGAUGAUUGCCCUAAUAAAUAUGGAGAAAAGAAAACUAAUGAGAAAUGGAAUCUCACUGUACAUUACUAUUGUUUGUUAAUGUCAAGUGGAAUUUGGCAGAGAGGUAAAGAAGAAGAAGGAGUUUAUGGUUUUCUAAUAGAAGACAUCAGGAAGGAAGUGAAUAGAGCUUCUAAACUGAAAUGCUGUAUUUGCAAGAAAACUGGCGCUUCAAUUGGAUGUGUUGCCCCCCGAUGUAAACGAAGUUAUCAUUUUCCUUGUGGACUUGAGAAAGAAUGUAUUUUCCAGUUCACUGGCAAUUUUGCAUCAUUUUGUUGGCACCAUCGACCUGUUCAAAUGAUUACAUCUAAUAGUUACAGAGACUCCAUACCGUGCACCAUUUGCUUGGAAUUUGUUGAGCCUAUUCCGACUUACAGCAUAUUACGAAGUCCUUGUUGUAAGAAUGCUUGGUUUCAUAGAGACUGUUUGCAGGUUCAAGCAAUAAAUGCGGGAGUGUUUUUCUUUAGGUGUACAAUAUGCAAUAAUAGUGACAUAUUUCAGAAAGAGAUGUUGAGAAUGGGGAUUCAUAUUCCUGAAAAAGAUGCAUCUUGGGAAUUAGAGGAAAAUGCCUAUCAAGAGCUUCUGCAGCCCUAUGAGCAUUGUGAUGUCCGAAGAUGUCGCUGCAAGGAAGGGCGAGACUAUAAUGUACCUGACAGCAAAUGGGAAAUAAAGCGCUGUCAGUGUUGUGGGUCCAGGGGAACACAUUUAGCCUGUUCCUCACUACGAUCAUGGGAACAAAACUGGGAGUGUUUGGAAUGCAGAAGUAUUAUCUACAAUUCAGGAGAUUUCCAAAAAGCAAAAAAACAUGCAUUACCCAACUCUAAUAUGGGAAUUGCUGAUUGUUUGUUGGAAGAGUCAUCACCCAAAUUACCAAGACAGUCACCUGGAGUCCAGAGUAAAGAGCUACUAAGGCAAGGCAGCAAGUAUAAAAGAGAUAUUUCGACUAUACUGAUAGAGUUAGGAUUCCAAAUUAAAAAAAUAACUAAAAGAUUGUAUAUCAACAAAACCAAUAUCUGGAAUAGUGCCUUAGAUGAAUUCAGAAAGCAAAGCUUUAAUCCUUCAUAUGCAAUUGAAGUAGCAUAUGUUAAUGAAAAUGAUAACUUUGGAAGAGAGCGUCCUGGAUCAAAGCAUGAAUUUCUAAGUCUCUUAUUGCAACAUCUUGAGAACUCACCAUUGUUUGAAGGGUCCUUGUCAAAGAAUUUAUCUCUAAAUACUCAAGCUCUGAAAGAGAAUCUUUACUAUGAAGCUGGGAAAAUGUUUGCCGUUUCUUUGGUUCAUGGUGGUCCUUCACCUGGUUUCUUUUCUAAAACCUUGUUUAACUGCCUUGUUUAUGGACCAGAAAAUACCCAACCAGUUUUAGACGAUGUUUCAGACUUUGAUGUGGCACAAAUUAUAAUCAGGAUAAACACUGCAACAAAUAUGACUGACUUAAACUCAGUAAUAAAUGAAUUUUAUAACUACCUGGAGUUUACUGGAUGUGUCAGACUUAUCACAACAUUAAAUGACAAAUAUAUGUUGGUAAAAGACUUACUUGUCUACCAUGUAAUUAAGAGAGUCCAAGCACCAUUUGAGAGUUUUAAGCAGGGUCUGAAAACUCUUGGUGUUUUGGAGAAAAUUCAGACUUACCCAGAAGCAUUUUGUAGCAUCCUUUGUCAUAAACCUGGGAAUCUUUCUGCAAAAAUCCUUAGUGAUCUUUUCACAGUACAUACAUUACCUGACGUACAAACUUUGGGGUUUUGGAACAGUUACUUACAAGAUGUUGAGGAUGGUAAAUCUGCAACCACAAUGGAAGACAUUCUUAUUUUUGCAACUGGUUGUAGUUCCAUUCCUCCAGCUGGAUUUAAACCUACUCCUUCAAUUGAGUGCCUGCAUAUGGAUUUUCCUGUUGGAAACAAGUGUAAUAACUGCUUAGCAAUUCCAGUCACCAGUACAUAUAAAGAGUUUCAAGAAAACAUGGACUUUGCCUUAAGAAACACUCUAAAACUAGAAAAGGAAGAAAGUUCUCACUACAUUGAACAUUAAGAUAUUUCAUGGAGAUCCUUCUUUAAAAAGCUGCUAUUGAAAACUUUUUUUGUUUCAGAACUUUAUCAUCACUGUAACAAAUUUGUUAGGUCCUUGACCCAAUAAAAUUUAUGUUA